AUGGAUGUGUUUUCUAGCAUUGGAAAAUUUGGAGAUUUCUUGAUUGAGCCAAUCGGGAGACAAUUUGGCUAUUUGAUUCAUUACAGCAGUAACAUUGAGACUCUUCAGAAUCAAGUUCAAAUACUAGAAGCAGCGAGGGAAGACGUGAAGGCAUCCAUUGAUGCAGCAAAAAGGAAUAGUGAGGACAUCAGAAAAGAGGUUCAUAAGUGGACAGUAAUGGUUGAUGGGAUCCUGUCGGAGGCUAAGAGACUUCUUGACAAGGCUUCCAAAGCAAGGUUUUAUAAUUUGGCUUCCCAUUAUCAGCUAAGCAGGAAAGCGGAAAAGAAAACAAUUGCAAUUAAAGAUCUGAAAAAUGAAGGUAAGUUUGAUAGAGUUUCCAAUCCUGCACCUCCACCAACGUUAUUGUUUCCAUCUCAAGAAGAUAUUGUGAUUUCCGAAAGCAGAGAACUGGUAAUAGAGGAGAUUAUGGGGGCUUUGAAGGACAACAAAACCAACUUCAUUGGGAUACAUGGAAUGGGAGGGGUUGGUAAAACUACUCUGGUGAAAGAAGCUGCUAAAAGAGCUCAAGAAGAUAGGCUUUUUACAAUUGUUGCAAUGGCUGUGGUGUCACAAACCGUUGAUGUGACAAAGAUUCAAGACCAGAUAGCAGAGAUGUUGGGUUUGGAAUUGGAUAAGAAAAGCAGUGAACAAGUAAGAGCAAGCCGGUUGCAUGCUAGACUGAAGGACGAGAAUAGAGUCCUCAUUAUCUUGGAUGAUAUUUGGGCUAGACUUGAUCUUGCAACUGUGGGCAUUCCAUUUAGCCAUUAUUAUGCAGGUUGCAAAAUUAUGGUCACAACACGUCGUAGACAAGUAUGCGACACUAUGGUUGACUCAAGAAGCCAGACUGCAAAGAUCAUCCCUAUUGAUAUUUUAUCGGAGAAAGAAUCAUGGGUCUUGCUUAAAAAGAAUGCUGGCGAUGAUAUUGAGUCUCCAACGUUGAAUUCUUUUGCAAAAGAUAUUCUCCGAGAAUGUGGAGGCCUGCCUAUAGCUCUUGUAACGGUUGGAAGGGCAAUGAGAGGCAAACAUCCUGACGAGUGGCAAGUGGCAGUUGAGAAGCUUAGGAAAUCACAGCCACAAAUCAUUGAAGGGAUGCAUAAAGAUGUGUACAAAUGCCUCCAGUUAAGCUAUGAUUACCUUCAAAAUGAGGAAGCCAAGAAAGUUUUCAAUCUGUGCAGUUUAUUUCCUGAGGAUUUUAACAUCCCAGUAGAAUACCUAGUAAGAUAUGGGAUUGGACUGAAUAUAUUUGAAGAUGUUGCGAGGGUGGAGGAUGCAAGACGAAGUGCUCAUUCUAUCAUAAAAAGUCUACAAGAUUCCUCUUUGUUAUCGGCAAGUGAUCAGAAAGGCUGCGUCAAAAUGCAUGAUGUUGUGCGUGAUGUCGGCUUAUCAAUGGCAUCAGACUAUUUUGUGAGGGACAGCGUCAAAAAGUUGGAGAGCUGGCCAAGUAUGGAAAAUAUGAAGCGUUACACUGGCAUCUCAAUAAUGCAAAAUGAGAUUUCUCAAUUUCCUGACGCUUGGGAUUGCCCAAAUCUCAAGAUAUUGUCGAUAGUGGACAUUGAUGGCGUUCAGCAGUUGCAUAUGCCAAAAGCAGUCUUGGCAAGGAUGAAAGCCCUUCAAGUUUUUCGUCAUCACAGUAAGCAUUAUUUGAAUCCCUUGGAACCAGAAUUUGGUCAAUUAAAAAAUCUCCGAACACUAAUUCUUCAGAAUUAUUUUAUUGGAGACACCACUGCAUUUGGGGAACUGAAGAUGCUUGAAAUUCUUUGGCUCUCCAAGUGUAAGUUCCAAGAGCCAUUCACUACAAUAGGGAGGUUGACUAAUCUAAGGUUGCUGGACGUGGAAGGUUGUUUUCAUUCUGACCGCUUCUCUUCCAUAUUUCCUGCCAAUGCUAUAUCUAGUUUGUCCCAACUAGAGGAAUUGUACAUGCUUUCUUUACGUGAGUCAUCCUUUGAAGACUUUAACAUAACUGAGUUGAAAUCAUUGUCUCGCUUGACCACCCUUACAAUUAGAAUUCCUACCAUUCCUCAAGGCUUCGUGUUCCCAGAUUUGAAGGUUUUCAAAGUAUACCUGCAAGGAGCCAGAGUGAGACUUUCUCAACGGAUUCGCAAUCUUAUUCGUGCUGAUUCCUAUAUACAGCCCCAUUAUCUGCAUCUUUAUGGGAAAGAUACCACAAUUUUCUCGUUGGAUUGCCUUAAGCCAUUACUGCCGAAAACAAGUUAUCUACAUUUAGAAUCAUUUGAGGAUUUAGAGAAUGUCAUUCCUCGCUUAUUAUUAGAUGGAGAUAGUUUGAAAACUCUGGAAAUUUUCGAUUGUGAUAAUUUCAAGUACCUUAUCAAUGUUGAAGAAUUGACUGUUUGCGCUCCACUCAAUCCACAGCAACAAUUCAAGCAACUUGAAGUUCUUAGAGUGCGUUCUUGCUUUCCAUUGGAGUAUAUAUUUGAAAAGGAAGGAACGCCUCUCUGUUUAAGAGAACUUCAGCUGUCAUCUUUGGAAGGAUUGAAGCACAUAUGGAAGUGCCCUAGUGAGUUGUUGCACCUGCGCAAUCUACAAAUUGUAAGGAUAGCAAAAUGUGACAAAUUGGAAGUCAUCUUUCCUGCUUCUAUUGCACAAGGACUUGAGCAGCUGAAACGACUGGAAUUGUCUGAUUGUGAUAAAUUAGAAGCAAUUGUUGCAGAAAGACAAGAAAGGGAGGAGACGAUUGACAAUGUGGUGUUCUGUCAAUUAACAAAGAUUUCACUAAACAGACUUGUCAAUCUUAAGGCUUUUUGCAUGGAUAACUUACCUUUCAAAUGGCCAUCCUUGGAAAUGGUAGAGGUGAGCAAUUGCCCUAAAAUGAAGACAUUUGCUGUUUCUGAGGGAAGCCAGAGCACACCAAAUUUGAAGAUGAUCAAAGCAAACAACAAUUGCAUAAUACUUGAUGGAACAGACUUAAACACAGUCAUACAAAAUCACUACAAAGAGGAGGGAGUUGCAAGUCCAAGCAACUAACAACUGAAGAUGUGUACAGAGUUUGUUGGCAAGGCAAAUAAAACAGAGGUGCAAGGUUCUUCCUUAAUCCUUCAAUGAUAUAUCAAUGCAUCAAGAAGGUGGCAAAUGGCAAUAUGGAGUGUUUUCUAUUCAUGAUAGGUUCAAUGUUAGGCAUUAAAUAAAGGUGAUAGUUUGUCUACUUAUGAUAUUAUUAGUAUUUUCAUAAAUUUGGCCUGCUUUGCUUAGUACCAUAAGGAUGGACAGGCUGAUAAUUUUUCUUUUUUUUUUUUUGGUUAUUCGUGGAGUUCAUAUGUUAAAUGCAAGACUACAAUAAGAGAUUUUCGGCACCUGUUGCUUUUAUCUCUGUUUCCAUUCUAUCUCUGGGCUAGG